AUGGAAAAAAUCGCUUUGCGGUAUGUCGUAUCUGCAAGAGUUCUGUCCACCAGCCUGGGUCUCACUACUGCCAGGGAUGUGCUUAUAAGAAGGGUGAGUGAUGGAAAUUCUGCCGCAAACAUGAAAUGUGAAACAUACUAUUAA